UAUAUCAUCUUUUGAAUCCAAAAAGUUUUGUUCAUUUUCAUAAAAAAUGUUAUCACUUGUUUUUAGAAUCAUUAAUUUCAUCUGCAAUCACUACUGAAGAUUAUUGCGACGACAAAUGAUAAUAGUGAUGUGAACCUUUAUAAGGAAGUGAUUGUAAAUGUGGACGCACAAAAAAUGUAAUAUAACGUAGCUUAAAAGAAUAGAUGUUGAAGAAUAGUGCCAAGGUAGAGGAUGAUGAUUCGUCGCGAGGUCAACCGGGUGGAGGUGGUGGGUGCUGCGCAGCGGAUCGAUAUGGGACCGCGCGCGCGGUAUACGCGGUAUAUCCACAACCGCCAGGCAUAUAGGGCGAAUCGGAAGAUUGGUCGAUUCUAAGUUUUUCACUGGGUAAUAAAAGCUUAAACUCGUCUCGAGAGAAAACAGAAACAAAAGAUAGGCAGGAAAGAUGGAUGAUACUGCUAUUGCACACCGUAUUAUUUUAAUUAAUCUCAAUACAACGAGAUCUCCAAGCUCGAAGAUUGACAUUUGUCGUAUCUCAAGGAUAGAGCUUGCAGUUUCGACUGCAAAUCACAUGUAGCUCUCGAUCUUUGGAGUACGUUACGUAGACAGAUUGAGAGAAAAUAUAUUAGGUUCGAUUUUAUCGAUGACACACUGGCCUAAUAAAGAGAGAUCGUUAUCAAGUUCAAUGGCGUGAUGAGAUGGUGAAAAAAAGCACGCUGCGGCUUCCAAGCUUUCAACUUUGGUCUCAAUCGGAUCCAGUCGAAGGUCGCGAAUUCAGCAGGACAGACCCGAAAAGGUCGGUAACCGCGACCCUUAUCGGGGCUUAUAAAUGGCUGCUGGGCCAGCGAAACGUUGGAAGAGAGCGGUGCGGCGACGCGUGACCUCGAAAGCAAAUGAGCAAUGGCCAGGUCUGAUUGUGGAUAGAGAAGGUUACGGAUCGUCCCCGAACUCCGAAGCGGAAACGGAGCAGGAGGCGUACCGCUGAGAGUGCCGAGAGUAGACACGCGGCAAGUAGACGCGAGGCGCGACGCGCGACGCGCGACGUGGAGAAACAUGACGGCGGGGCCGUCCAGUGCCGUGUAGCGUGGCCGGGGGAGCCCAGGGUAUAUGUAUGGCGUAUUAAUAGCCAAGUAUAGAGCAGUGGUGGGGCCGCGGUUGCUCGCGGGUGAAAAUAGAAAAGAAUGUUUUUGGAAUCCAAUUGGACUUGGUUGGCAGAACGAUGGGGCAAUAUGGCCGACUUGGCCGAGCGGGUGGACGAUCUGAUAUGCAGUUUCGACUCGACUGGUGAAACGACCAUGGAUACGUUGUCGAUGCUGAUAUUCGGUUGGAUGUUGUUCGGUCUGGUGGUGUUGUGCGUCGGCAAAUAUGUGUACAAUCGUUUUGUGCUGAACGAGCUUACCGCCACCGCUGCCACCACCGCCGCCGGUGCUACCGCCGCCACCGUCACCUCCUUGUCGUCGUCGUCGUCGUCGUCGUCAUCGUUGUCGUCGCAGCUUGCCAAGGAUGGCCAUAUUCGUCACGAUGAGAGUGUCCUGACGACGAGCACCGCUGGUACCUUUGUUGGAAAAUUAUUUGACAAGUCCAAAUCUGUAUCACCUUCUUCGACGUCUUCGUCAUCGCUCGCGAGAGCUGCUGGUAUCGGCGGUGGUGCAGCUGCUGGUGGCGGUGGUACCGUCAAUGUCGCUGCUGCUGGUGGCGGUGGCGGUACCGUUGGUGCUGCUACUGGGGGUGGUGUUGGUGGUGGUGGUGGUGGUGGUGGUGGUGGUAGUGGUGGUGGUGCUGCUGCUGCUGCUGUUGCUGCUGCCGCUGCUGGUGGUGUUGGUGGUGGUCCAGUAGCAGGUGUGAGAUCACCAUCGCCAGGAGGCUACGUGCCACCCACGCCGCCGAUCAGGAAACGUCUGAUCCGUAAGACCUCUGGUGCCCUCAUCAGCCCGUCUCGAAGUUCCAGGGCGCUGCAUCUUCCGACCGCGACUGGCGCGGAUGCAGAGGCCGUACGCUGGGUCAACGAACUGAUCGUGUGGCUUCAUCACGAUCUCGUCAUCCUUAACGAACUCUUGGCCACUUGGGUGGUUUCCCUUAACGAUUUCACCGCCAGCUCCACCGAUGAGCACGGAGUUGGCGUUGAAUUCGUUCGCGUACUUCCAGAGACUUAUCCGCCAAGCUUGUCAAAUAUCUUCUGCGAAUGCGAUUCGAAGGAUGACGUGACUAUUACAUGCGACUGCGAGGCUACUCCAGCUUUGCAGCUGAAAGCAUUUCGGCAACGAGGGGAUAAGGUGGAGAUUAAUCACUAUCGGGUCAAUGUCAAUCGUUUUCGCGCUCGUCUUAACGUCGUCUGCAUCACCGAGAAAUUGCUGAUUGAUCUAAAAUGCGACGGCUGGCCAGAGGUAAAAAUCUCUCUGGCUGCGGUGGGCACAAUAAAGAAAGACUUGGACGAAAGCCAGUUGCAAGAAGUGGUAACGGAAAUUGUGGUGGGUGCUCUGCGAGGCACCAAUGUUCACCUCAAUCUCUCUCAAUAUCCCACGUGUCCUCGAUUAUGGAGAGAGCCGCCCCUUCAGCCAGGCUUUUCAUACCCCACACAUUACGACGGUGUGAACGCCUCGAAUUCGAUGAUGCAUCAACCGUCGCAUCAACGUCUUCAAGGACACCACGUCGCACCCUCGUCCCUGCCGAUGCAAUAUGUGCCUGGCGAAAGACGUUUGCUUGUAAAAGUGGUAAGAGCUAUCGACCUCGGCGGUCAACAAGGAGCCGUGGAACCUUAUUGCGUCGUGGAGUUGGAUGAACCGCCGCAAAAGAAUCAGACCUCUAUAAAGAAAGACACCAAAAAUCCACUAUGGGAUGAAGCGUUUUUAUUCGAUAUAAGCCAUAACACGAGCGAGGUAUUGUUAGAGGUAUUCGAUCAUGUCAACAAAAGACAAAGAUUCUUGGGGCUAGGAAUCGUAGGCGUUGAGGAACUUCUCGCGAAUCCGAGUCAGCGGCAAAUUAUACCUCUCCAGGCACGACCGUACGAGGAAGAUGAUAUUACAGGCACCCUCACAGUGGAGUUUCUAUUCAUCGAGGGUGCGGAGGUACCACAAAUUGGGACCAAGCCUUAUAAAGUCAAGGAGACGAUAAAGCCUGUCUCGCCUACCCGUUCCUACAGCCAAACAAAUGUCAUCAGCAGCAAUAGUCUAAACUACAACAACGGUAACAGUACACUUAUCUUGUACGACUCUGCCGCACAGUCGGAAGGGGACUACUUGACAAAUGGCAACGUUGUGGAUUCACCAUAUAAAAGCGGACAAAAGGGGACUUUGAUUGUACAUAGUCAUCAAAGGCAAUCGGAGCGGCAAAUUGUUAAGGUCGCUUUGGCGGAGAAUGGAAAUUGGCAAGAGAUAUCCCCGGAGCACGGAACGAAAGAUGUCAAUGCUGUUUCGGGACCAGAAAGCACGCCCAAUUCUUCUAAUUCGGAAGAGAGAGGAAGAACACGAAGAAAACGACGAGAUUUCUUUGGUACCAUAAAGAAGCGACUAAGUCGAUCUAAGACGCGAAGUAGAUCCGUAGGUCCUGAGGGAGAGAUCAAUCACGAAGACGCUCAUUCGAGAUCCAUAUCCGCUGAUAGAGCUCGCGAUCCUGGAUCUGCUCACCUGUCAGUACCAGAACAAUCGAGACGAUCGAGUUUGAGUGAAGCCUCGGGCAUAAGCGGAACUUCCACGAGAACAUACGUGAAUGAAGCUUCCACGCUCGUUCUCGAGACUUUGGAAAACGGUAUAAAGAAGCACUACCUCGUACCACUUUCUCUCGCACAGAAAAGUAAAUGGAGGAAAAAGGGGACAAAGCUGCACAUAUUUAACGAUCAUACAUUUAUCGCUAAACACAUGGCGGGAGGAACAGUUUGCCAAGUAUGUAAAAGGACUCUCGCGCGAAGGCUCGGUAAGCAGGGCUACGAAUGCAGAGACUGUCAGAUGAAGUGUCACAAACAUUGUCAUGUAAAAGUCGAUACGACCUGCCCUACAUCCACUAUUCAAAGUAUCGAGCUGAUAUGCAUCAAGGUUCCGCCACUCGAACGAAAGCCUUCUAUGCUUCUGUGUUCGCGAUAACAUUAUACUUAUACAGAUUUUGGACGUGCGACUUAUUUUUUAACACAAGACAACACAACGCAGAUUGAUGUGCUGUCCAUAAUUCAUUUUUAAAAGUUUUAUGCCUUUUACAUUUUAGUUCUUCCAUUUUCGAAACGAAUUCUAUAUCUUAGUGAGCUAUUUGUCAAUAUUCUGCAAAUACAAAUUAUUGUAUUUACAGAAAGAUAGGGCGCAGCUGUAUUUACAGAAUUAGAUUUUAUCGCGAAAGUUUAGUUUGUUAAAUUUAAUUUGGGAUACCCAUUGGGAUUUACAAAUUAUAAAUUACUGUCUUGUAAAAAGUAAGUAAAUUACAAACGUUAGAGAUUACAAAAUAAGAAUUUAUUCUGCAAAAUUAAGAUUCUCUGAUCUUUAAAGUAGUGCAAGAGGUUUUGCAGAAUUAAUCAUCAUUUCUACUACGCUUCUAUCUUUCGAAUUCACAAUUAUAACGUUUUCUACAUGAUAGUAAUGAAGCUGAUCUCAAAAUUAGAAUUUUUCAAAUAUAUGAUGCUACCGUACGAACGUAUCGUAAAGGAACAUGGAAAGAUAAAGACUCCGUUGCCUAAUACAAUUUCCCAACUUUUUUAUAAUAUCGAUAAUCGUGACGUAAGAUUCAUCAUCGAGCUGCAGGCAUCUAAUUUCUUUCGAAGAAAGAUUGUUAAGUCAAAUUCGGUUAUAAUAUUACCUUUUCUUCUACUAAAAAGAAAUAAAGAAAUAAGCAGAAAGAAAAAAAAACGCGAUAAGAUACAAUAAGAUAUAUACACUGUUAAAGAGUAUAUAAAAUUAUACAUGUAACAACACGUAUAACGUAUAAAAAUUACACGAUUUUUUAAAGGAAUAUAUAUACAUUUGUGUAUGUGGAAGUGUAUUCUGCGAACAACGCAACGGAUAAAUUGUAGCUUUGUUGUUUGCAGAAUGCGUGUCACAUGGCGCGUAUAAUUGAUGACUGCGUAAAAUAACUAAUAAAAAAAAUAACGACAUCAAUGAUAAAUAAUAUUAAUUACGAUAACAAUCCUUAUAAUAGAAAUAAUUAUGAGAGUAAUUAAGUACAAUAAGCGGAAAGCAAUGGCAAAAAUGCAUUAGAUUAUUAAAUUUUGCCAGAUACGUUUAAUUAUUUUUUUACGUUUAAUACGAACAUUUUUCAAUAGUUUUGCCUUAAUGCAAAAAACGCAUGUUUACGUAAUUUACACUUUACUGGAAUAAAGUGUAAUACGAUACGAUAGGCUGUCUUUAUUAUUUGAAUUAUCGCGUUCACGAUGAUGAAAAGCAAGUCAUCCUGAUAAAAAUUCCACCAUACGUCGACGUAGAUAAAUAUGAAUAUAUUACAGAUCCAAAAAUACAUAUUUCGAAUACAUACGACAAGUGAGCGUCGAUGCGGUUGGUAUUAGAAAUUUUUCAACAAGGAAUCUCAUAUUUUCUUAAAAUUCUGUAAAAGACGAUAAAUGUAAUCAAACUUUUUUUUUAUGAAAAUAUGUUGUACAAUGAAUAUAAUAUAUUAUUUGCAACCUGUAAACUGCAAUAUCCAAAUUCGCUUAUUUAUUGUAUUUUUUAAAUGAAAUCGAUACAAUUUUGCGAAAUAUGAUUAAACUGGAGUGAGAAUAAGAUGCGAAAAGAAAUAUAGCAAACAUACAUCUUUAGAGUAUUCCUCGGCAAUUUCUCGAUUAUACUUUGUAUAAAAACUAAGGAAAUUUAAGACUCUUUUUUGAAUUUUGCACAAUGUAAGAUGCGUCAGAAAAACAUCAAGUUACUAUAAAUAAAUAAUGCGCCUAGAUUUACACAUUUCACUAUAACGAACAUUAUCUUAGUACAAAAUGCAAUCAAAAUGCAAACGGAAAUCAACGUCAAGCUUAGAUACAUUAAUGAUAUAGAUCGCGAUGUAUUUACACAAUGAUGUAUUUACACAUAGAGAUUAUGGUUAGAAAGUAAUAGUAAUUUUUGGCAAAAGGUUUAACAAUGAAAGCAAGCAUGAAUUUGUUUUCCUUAUUGUAUUUUUCUAUCUAUAUUCUAAAUAAUGUACACGCAGCGUCGUAAUUUCGCUGAUAAUCUUAUAAUCGUAUAAUCGCAACCACAGUUGCUAAAGCAAACCCGACUGGACGAGUUUCGUACUCGGUGAAUAGCGAAUGAAUGGUGCUAAAUAGAAAGCGGUAUAAUUAUACAAAUAUGCGUCUGUCGAUCGUGAAUUCAAUACUUAUUGCAUACAUCGAAGAAAACGCAGUAUAAAUCGAAUUAAAUUUGAAUUCAGUUUUUCCUGUAUAUAUACAGGCUGUGAAAUAUAUACUGUUAGCAGAUUUAUGAUGACGAAGCACGUUUCACACAUGGGUUGUAUGUCCACGGGCAAAUUUAACUUUUGUAAGUUUAAAAGAAGGAUAAUCCGGUACUCCAUAUUCAUCAAAAUUUUUUAUUAAGACGAUUAAUAUUGAAAAUAUAUUUGAUAUUAAUAUAUUAUUGCUUAAUAUAUUAUUUAAUAUAUUAAUGGUUUUUAAUUUUACUAAUUUUUAAUAUGUCACAGUGAGAGUGAGAGAGAGAGACGCGGAGACAAAUUGAGAGAAUGUGUAUUUUUAUAUAUAAUAUAUAUCUUCAAUAUUCAUCACCAUAAAUGCGAGAAAUUUCAAUUACUUUAUAUUAGGAAUGUAGUAAAGUUAGAAGGAAUCAUUAUACAUAUUUUAAAUAUUCUCACGUGUAACAGUUUUCUCUCUAACGUGAGAGAAUCCAUCAAAACUCGUCUUUUUUUCUGCCUGUGGAUUUAUUAGCGAUAAAUUAAUAAAUCAGUCAUUAGAGAUUUACAAUCACCGGUUAUAAUCAACUAAUAAUUACUAAAGAGUUUAAACUUGAUAGAAAAACAAAUGACAUCAAUUGUCAAUUUUUACACGAAUAAUAACGUAUUGUUUAGAAGCAUCGCACAAUUGCGCGCGCGUAAUUGAAAGUACAAUGACAUGACUUUGCAAAGCAAUUUAUCGUUAAGCUAAUUGUAUAAAACGAUAGAAAUAAACUUCUUCCUCGUUCGCGCUC